CCUUCGUUUAUAAAUCCAACCCCGGAAAACCUCUCGUCUCACAAACCAGUCCUCCAAGUCGAAGCAAGCCAUGGCGACCAAGCAGAGCCUGAGCCUCCUCGCCCUCCUCGCCGUCGCCGUCGCCGCCGCCUGCCUCCUCCCCUCCGCCUCCGCCGCCACCGAAUUCGAAUACUGCAAGAAGCACAAGCACUACCCCGUGAAGGUGAGCGGCGUGGAGAUCGUGCCUGAUCCGAUCCAAAGCGGCAAGCCGGCGACCUUCAAGAUCUCCGCUUCCACGGAUAAAACCAUCACCAAGGGGAAGCUGGUAAUUGAUGUUAAAUAUUACGUCAUUGCUUGGCUCGUUGAUGUCCACUCUGAAACCGACGACAUCUGUGAAAAGACUAACUGCCCGGCAACCGGUGACUUCGAGCUAUCUCACGGGCAGACCUUGCCAUCAAUAACUCCACCAGGUUCGUACAUGAUUGAAAUGAAGAUGCUGGGGGACAACGACGAGGAACUGAGCUGCAUCUCCUUUGGGUUCAGCAUCGGCUUCAUCGCCCCGGUUGCCCUGCGCUGAAUGUGUUCGUCUGAGCUGACGAGCGCCACUCAGCAGAAAUACACGUGUGGAUGUAACUAUAAAACCUCUGUAUCCUAGUACCUAAUUUGCAUAUACGCUUGCAUGUUCGACUAUGACGUUUUAAUCAAGAGUUGAACAUUACAAUAAAAAGAAAAGCCUGGUGUGAUGAAUUAUGGAGCUACUGCUGCUUGAUUUUCGGAAUAA